UCUUAUGGCAGAAUCCAGAGAAGGCAGAAUUGGGAGUUUCUAUAUUUGAUAAUUAAAGAUGAAAUAUAAUUGGAUUCUGACAGCUAGAAUAGGGACUUUAAAAAAUUGGAUAAUGGGAUAUUGUUAUACAGUACUUCCCUUUAACACACUAGAUGAUAAAAUGUUACACCUUCCUAGAUUGAAAGUUUUACUGAAACAAAAAUAUGAUAUUAAAGAUUUAAGUGUGAAUGUUCUGUAAAUUAGGUUUUUAAAGUUUCCAUGCCUUAAAUCUGUUUAAUCUGUUUAAUAGUACUACAAUAGCCUCAGUCAUACUAGUGGUGUCUGUCUUCCUUCCUUCCUUCCUUCCUUCCUUCCUUCCUUCCUUCCUUCCUUCCUUCCUUCCUUCCUUCCUUCACCUGGUGCCAAUUGAGGUUCUUUGCGAAGGGCAUUCCAUAAAUGAGGUGCCACCACUGAAAAGGCAAGAUAAAGGAAGGGGCUUGGGAGUGUCCAUUUUUCCUUGGGCACCCUGUUGUGACUAAGGAAUCUCCCCCAAAAGCCCUUGAACAAAGGGCCUAUAAGAUAUUUUCCACCCACCAGAUUUCCCCCCCACCCCAUGGAUCCACCUGUCCUAGGUUAACCUGAGACUUCUAAUUACUCUUUCUAACCAUCUUUUGCCUUAAGGAACCUAUUGGUUUAACUUGAAGAUUUCCAUCCAGCAAAUGAUCCCAUUCCACAUUCUACAUAUUCCAUAUUCCGCAAGGUAGUCUUCUGCGUCUCCCUUCCAUAGUGACCCAGGCUGCCUUCCUCCUGGUUGGCUCCACGCUCCGUAAAGGGCUCUAGACAGGAGCCGGAUGCGGCAUGCUAGGGGCUUCCGCCAGUCCGCCGCAGCUGUGCGUAACUUCCUGCACCUUUUUUGUUUUUUGUUUAAUACAGAAAAAGUACUGUAGCUAUUAAUAACUGUAUUAGAGCUUAGGUUAGUCAAUAUUUCUUAUACAACAGUUCUAAUACAUUUUAUACUGAUUUAUAGAUCCUUCUCACACUGGGGUACGUCCCAUGGGUGUUUGCUUCUCUCCAAUUUGUUCUUUUUAAAAUACUGUCGUUCUCCUUUAAGAAGCCACCGAAGCUGACCGCAACAGCAACAACCAUUCAUCUCGGUUUCCCAUUUGAGCACAGCCCAAAGCCUGAUUUGCCAGAAGAGGUGCGAAAGUAGCUGUCUCGUUCCUUCUCUCGGCGGAGGAGGCAGUGAUGGCGGCUGCAGCGCCUUUGCCGGAUUUCCUGGAAGAAGCCACCUGCUCCAUCUGCCUGGAGUAUUUCCAGGACCCCGUGCUCAUCCCGGAGUGCGGCCACAACUUCUGCCGGGGCUGCCUGACCCGCAGUUGGGGGACGUCGGAAUCGGAGGCUUCCUGCCCCCAGUGCAGACAGACCUUCGGGCCCCGCAACGUCCUUCCCAACAGGCAGCUGGCGCGGGUGCUGGAAGUGGCCAGGCGAUGCAAAGAUCCUUGGGGCGAGGACGGAGGGAGCUUCUGCACGAAGCACCGGGAGCCCCUCAAGCUCUUUUGUAAGGAUCACGAGACCCUCAUCUGCUUGGUCUGCGACCGAUCCAAAGAGCACAGGGGCCACUUGGUGAUCCCGGCGGAGGAAGCUUUCCAGGAAUACCAGAUCAGUAUUGGGGAUUGGCUGAAGGCUCAGAAGGAGGAGAAAGAAAAAAUAGCUAAAUACAAAACAGACACAGAGCAAAGAGUUCAGGAGAUGCUUGACCACAUCGAAAAAGAGAGAAAAAAAGCAGUGGCUGAAUUCAGAGAACUACACCUCUGGUUAGAAGGACAGGAGAAGCUUCUGUUGGCUAGCAUGGAAGAAACAGAGAAGGAUGUUAUGACAAUGAAGGAGAAGCGUUUGGCCAAGUACAUGGAGGAACUGUGCUCUCUUGACAGUCUCAUCCAGGAAACAGAGGAGAAGCAUCAGCAGCCAGCCAGCAAACUCUUACAGGACAUUGGAAGCAUCUUGGAGAAAUAUCGGGCAAAGAAAACAUACGAGAAUCAAGUGGAUUUACUUCCAGAGCCUAAGUGGAUAAUCUUGGGUUACAGUGAUAUCACUGAGCUUCUGAAAAAUGCCAUGGAAAAAUUGAGAGAUACUCUGGAAAGUGGACUGCAAUACAGGAAGACCCCAAACUGAGAGCCACCAAUAUAGCCCAACAGAAUCUUACAGCAAGGGUGUCCCAAAGCAGAUCAACAAAGUCAAGAUGGCAGCCAGUCCCCGCCUUCUACCCAUAUGUAAAUAAGGGGUGGGGCUUCCAUCCCUGAGGCCUUUGUUGACUCCCUCUAGGGUUAUUCCUGCUCUGCAGCAUCUCCCUGCUUCUGUGCCGCAGGGCCUUUGAUAGAGGGGUCUGUGAGAAUCCAUGGGAAGAUGGGAUUGGCUUGCAAUGGGAAAGCCCCUCCCCUUUUUGUAGGGGGAGGAGGGAAGGAGGAAAUGUGGGUGGGGCUAUUAGGAAGGAGAGGUCAAAUGUGAAUUUUAGAGGCAGCUAUUGGGAAGUUACACCUGCAAGGUUGAAGGACUUGACACCAAUCGGAAGCAGAGGAAGAAGCAGAGGAGGAUGCGGGUGAAGAAGAGCUAGUGGUGCCUGAGGCGGUGAUGGCGGUUUCUCCCCCUGCAGCAGAGGUACGACAGGUGGCCCGCCCGAAAGACCCAGAGGGGCCAUAUCCCAACCAACAGAAGUGAAGCCAAUUCUGUUGGGGGGUGAAAUUCAAUGGGAAUCCCAAGAGAUUGGUGUUCUUCCUAGCCCCGGUAUUGGCUUACAUGCAAAUAUAUGGGAGAAUUGAAUGAGCUUCCUAAAUUCAUAGACAAGAAUUUAGCCCGGGGUUUCAUCCAAUCUGCAAAACCCCAGGUGGCAGCCGCCAUGCUAUUCAGAGAAAAAAAGGAUGGGUCCCUUCGUCUCUGCGUAAAUUAUAGGAGCCUCAAUGUUGUAUGCAUGGAAAACUUGUACUCCCGUAUGAAGGACAUGUUAGCGCAUUUGUCUAAACGAAAAUUUUUCUCUUAAGACUGAGAAUAAUGCAAGCUAGACGUGAUUCAAAGAUUGCUAGGACAAACCCUACAUCUUCUAAAAAGGCGAUUUUGGGAAGCCUUCUUUGAAAAAGGAUAUUGAAAGCUAUGUAGCGAGCUGACCCACAUGUGCUGCAGCUAAGCGGAGGCAAGGGAAGACGCCAGGACUUCUACAGCGGGUGGCGAGCCCUUCAGCUCCCUGGAGAGAGAUCUCUAUGGACUUUAUUGUGGAGUUUCCUGAAAGUGCUGGAAAUACAGCUAUUUGGGUUGUCACAGACUUGUUUUCUCGACAAGCCCAUUUCAUAUCAUGCCCAAAGAUCCCGACAGCUAAAAUGUUUGGCUAAACUAUUUGUGCAACACAUCUACUGAUUCCAUGGGGCAUUCCAUGACACCCGGCCUUUGCCAAUCCAUAGCACCUCAAAACAAACUUAGUUGGCUUUGCCCAGCCAAACUCAGUUCAGGUAAGGUUACCCGGGCUUGUAAACAUGGUUGCAAGAGAGGAAAAGACCUAUUGACCUGAAUGGGAGGUACGAGCUCAGGGGUUUUCAGGGCCUGCAAUCAAUUUCAUCCUGUCUUCAAGUGUAAUCCACCCAUUUCUGUGUGACAUUUUUGUGGCAGUAAAGGGCCACAGCUCUGGAAAUUAUUAUGGGCAUCAGGUUUAGAGGAUUAGGACGCUAUCGUUCGUGGGUUAUUUUUAUUUACUCUGGCUGUAAAUGAUGAUUUCAUGGCUUUUAUGGCAGUAAAACAAAGCAGUAAUUUUAACUGUUGGGAGUUUUCAUUUGUAAUUUUGAUGGUGCUUAAACUCAUGCCCUUGUCACCUCAAGACUAGAUUACUGUAACGCGCUCUACAUGGGGCUACCCUUGGAAGAGCGUUCAGAGGCUGCAGUUGGUUCAGAAUGCAGCCGCGAGAGCGAUUG